AUGAUUCCCCUUCGCGCUCUGACAUUCCGGCCAUGGCGUUUUGAAAGGGCAGACAGCUGGAGAGAGCCAUCACGUGCCAAACGACCUAGGUCCGCGCUUUUGGCUCAGCUCGCAUUCGCCCUCGUACUAGUCGUCAGCAUCUUGACGGUCUUGAGCUUUGCUUCUUCACGUUAUGGCUACCAUGGGACGACUCCGCUACACCCAUAUCCCCCAUACGACCAGGACGCGCCCUGGAGGCCGACAGACGCGAUCUGGGACUUGCUUGGACGAACCGGCCCCUCUCGCGAUGUGGCGACAUCAACAAGGUGGGCGCCUACGGCCAUUACCACCUGUGGCCACAACACACAGCCAUACUACGCACCAUGUGUCGCCGAACGUACUUAUGGAGCUAUGUAUGGAGAGGAGCUGGUGUAUCCCGACUUCCGGUUGCGCACGCCUAUCUUCGCGCCCUCGAGGCAGCGCGAUGACGAGCAAGCUUGGAAUGCGCUCUUGAACGACAUUCGCGAGCGGGCCUCAAGAUGUGCCGAAGACGGUUGGGUCUGCUACCGCGGUCAACACGGGCAGAACAUCAUCAUUGCCAACGCGACCUAUACUGGAGAUCCGCCUGCCGACAUCUGGUCUGACAGGGCGUGUAUGUCCGACGGCGUCUCCGCCCAAGGCAUUCAUGUGCAGGAACCCGGCACAAUUCUCACGGACGAGGAGUACGAAGCCAAAUACCCCGUUGACAACUUGUUGAUCGCCACCUCGCCCGACUCUUGGUCCUUCCAACACUUCCUCGAUCGCGUCGUCCAUAUCAUCGCUCAGGGUACACAUCUCACCCGGACCGCGCCCGUGCAUGUCGUCACGGGCCGCGCUUCGGGCAAGGCUGUCUCCGAGAGGUGGGACAUGCUCGGUAUCCCGGCCAAUAGCGUACACCAUCGCGGGUCCGUCGGCGCCAAGGCUAUGGUCUUCAGUUGCCGCGCGCCUCUCAUCCAUCCAUGGCUCUCGUAUCGCGCGCUCGAGAAGUUCGGACUCAACAGCACCAAUGUGCCGCUAGAGAAACGGAAGAAGGUCGUGUACAUGAGCCGCUCGCGCGGCCACACGUCCAAUGGCGGUCGACGCGUACUCAACGAAGACGAUCUCCUCUCGCAGAUACGGGAUCUCCUCUCCUCGCGCGGACAGAACGAAGAGCUCGUGCUUUUCAACCAGGACAGCUUCCGCUCACAAUCCGAGCUCAUGCGCUGGUUCCACGACAACGCCCGCGCCAUCAUUGGUCCACACGGCGGGGCCCUUUUUAAUCAUCGCUGGGCGGGUAUCGACACACUUGUCCUGGAGAUGAUGCCGACUACGUUCACGUCGCUCAUGUUCUGGGAGGAGGCUUCCAUACUCGGGCAGGUAUACGUCAACAUGAUCUUAGAACCCGUAGGUGGAAACGACAUGAACGCCGAUAUCCCUGCCGUGCUCGAGAUUCUACGUGGACAUCUCGGCAAAUCGGAUCAGAGAGGCCCUGCGAUCUCUGAGAUGUAUCGCUGGCGUGGGCCGGAAGUGCAAGUGCCAUUCUCCAAUUGA